AGGAAGGAAGGAAGGAAGGAAGGAAGGAAGGAAGGAAGGAAAGUAAAGAUGACAUUCACUGUGGUGGCGAACCUAUGGCACUCCAGAUGUUCAUGGACUACAAUUCCCAUCAGCCCACCGUAGGGCAUACAGAAAAGUUGGAACUUGGGCUGCAAUCCUAUGCAACCAUUAUUUAGGAAUAACCUGAAAGACAGAAAGACAAGACAGAAAGACAAGACAGACAGAAAAGAAAGAAAGAAAGAAAGAAAGAAAGAAAGAAAGAAAGAAAGAAAGAAAGAAAGAAAGAAAGAAAGAAAGAAAGAAAGAAAGAAAGAAAGAAAGAGAGUCCAGCCCCGCUGGCUGAGCUCUGAGCCCGGCCGCGAGUCUGCUGCUCCGGGCUGGCCGCGUCAAAGGAGGCGGGGGGGGGGGGGGGGGGGGGGACGGGGGAUUUCAAACAUCAGAUCGGAGCGUUUAUAUAUUGGGUGCCCGGAAAUUUUUCCAAAUAAACACAGCUUGAUUCGACUUGGGUGGGCAGACUUAUCAACAGCCUAAUGCUAUAAACAAACGGAGGGCGCAGCGGGGAGCGCCAUUGGCCGGGGUGCCCGGCGCGCCACGUGGAAGGGCCCGGCCGGCCGCAAUGAAAUUUUAAUUAAUGUGGGUGGGCUCGCCGGCGCGGCCCCCAAACGACUGUUUAUGGGAGACCAUUUAUUUUCCAGCCCUAAGUCAACACGGAGUCGCAAACUUACAACAAUUAUUUCACGUUUCCUCCUCUCCCCGGCCACCCCCCCCCCCCGCCACCCCCAGCCUGCUUCUUCUCUCUCCCUCUCCAAUGAAGCGCAGGCAGAAGGCGAGCCGGCGGAGCAGAGGCAAGGCGCAGGACUGGGGGUGUCCCGCCGGGGUCCCCCCCUUAGACGGCGCCCCCGCCCCGAGAGCCCCGCGCCCCGGACCAUGAGCCGCCUGUACGGCCCGUCGGCCCUGGGCGGCGCCCCGGUGGUCUACCUCUACGGGGGCGAGCGCGGGGGGCUCCCGGGGGCGCUGAGCUUCGCCCCGACGGGCGUGCUGACGCGCCAGGAGCCGCCGCAGAAGCCCCCCUACAGCUACAUCGCGCUGAUCGCCAUGGCGAUCCAGGAGGCGCCCGAGCGGAAGGUGACCCUCAACGGCAUCUACCAGUACAUCCUGGCGCGCUUCCCCUUCUACCACGACAACAAGCAGGGCUGGCAGAACUCCAUCCGCCACAACCUCUCGCUCAACGACUGCUUCGUGAAGGUGCCCCGCGAGAAGGGCCGGCCGGGCAAGGGCAGCUACUGGACCCUCGACCCGCGCUGCACCGACAUGUUCGAGAACGGCAACUACCGGCGCAGGAAGAGGAAGCCCAAAGCUGCCGUCGGGGCCCAGGAGCCCGCCGCAGGGGACCGCCCCAAAAGGCUGCGGGAGAGCGCCCACGGCCAAGCCCCGGAGCCGGGCCGGGCCCCAGGAGGCGGCGCCGCGGCCCCGGGCCCGAGCGGACCCCGUCCCUCCUUCCAGGCCGCCCCGUCCGGAAACGCGCCUCCGGGGAGCCAGGGAGAGCUGCCGGCAGUCCUCGACGGAGAGGGCGCUCCGGAGCGCGCCACGACGCCACGCCCGGCUUCGGCCCCUGGAGCGGCCGGCCAGGCGGAGCCCGACGGCCCGAGGCCCGCCAAGGCGCAGAGCUUCAGCAUAGACAGCAUCCUGGCCAAGCAAGCCCUCCGACGGCCGGCCAAAGGCCACAAAGGAGGCUCCAAAGGGGACCCCGCCGACGACGGCUGCGUGCUCCCCGCCGCCGAACCCCGGCCGGCUUUCAACGCCUCGCUGGUGCUGGAUCCCCACGUCCAGGGACGCUUCUGCCAGCUGGGGAUCCCGUUCCUGUCGUACCUGCCGCUCCGCUUUCCUGAGACGGUGUUUCACUUUCAGUAGCCCCCCCGACGGGCUCUGGCACCGCGGUCGGAGGCACCCCAAUGGGCAAGAGGCUGCCAUGAGCCACUGAGCGCAAACACGGAAGAGGGGGCACCCUUGGGUGUCAAUUCGCCCAGCACUUGCAGAAGGGAGGGGGGAGAGAGAGGCUGGGGUUCCCACGUGCAUUCCGGAUCAGCCCAGGUAAAGCAGCCCCGUCAGGGGCUGCCUACUCCGGAGCAAUUCCCCUCCCCCCCUUCAGAGGGUUUAAAAGCGAGCUUUGCGCCUUGCUCAACUGCCUUGCGGAUCGCACCGAAGAAUCGACGGAAUCCUCUCCCCUCUGUUUUGAACUGCAUUCUUUUUUUCCCAUGGCUUCUUCACAUUCGUGAGGCUGCGAUCCUCAGCAAAGCGCCUGGGAAGUCGGUUUGCAACGAAAGAGCUCUACUUCCGAGUAAACAUAAUAACAGUAGCGAUAUUCAUGUGACUACUCUUCUUGUGGGCUGGUUCUUAAUUUCUCUGGUUUAAAACAUGCUGGGUUUCUUUCUUUCUUUCUUUCUUUCUUUCUUUCUUUCUUUCUUUCUUUCUUUCUUUCUUUCUUUCUUUCUUUCUUUCUUUCUUAAUUCUAUUAUGACUAAACUUGCAUUUUCUGGAAUAGGAAAUUGCCAUAGGAUUUCGAAUGAAUCCCACUAAGCUGCUUAAACCCCUCACUUGGAAAUGGUUUUCCUUCCUACAGAGACAAUUUCUGUUCCAAAGACUUGACUUGUGUGGGUGGGAGGGGUCAUUGCAAGCUGUUUGCUUCACGUUGCUUUUGCUUUUCAAAUAGUCUUAAUAGCCUGUCCGUAUUUAGACAGAAAACACUCCACGCCAUGACUUUUGAAGUGCGCAGCGCAUGAACUGGACCUCAUUAGAGCUAUUAACAGCAGCAAUCGAGCUCAGCAAUAAACCGUCAGGUGAAGUUUAGCUUAUAGGAAACUGGAGAAAUCCUUUGGAAGUAUAUAUUUUUUAAAACCCACUUCCAUUUUCUUUCAGAUUUUUUAAAGAAUUCCAACAUAUAUUAUAGAAAAGCCGGGGCUUUUACAUUUUUUUUAUUCCUGCUAUAAAUAUCUGAGGCUUUCUUUGUAUAUUAGUAGGUAAAUGUCCUUUACGUGAGGUUUUUUUUUUAAAGAUACUUAUAUUUUGAAUUUUCAUUAUGAAACAAAACUUAUAUUCAAUAAAAUAUUUGGAUAAGAUCUCAACGUGUCUGGAGGUCCCCAUUCUUAACUGGUUUUGUCCUGGUACUAAAAGAAAAUAUUUGGUCUCCGGAGAUAUGGCGGGGUAUAAAUGUAAACAAUACAUUAAAUAAAUAAAUAUAUUAAAUGGUGGCACCCUCUCAGUUGCAAAUCGAUGUAGCUAGUCCUCAAGGACAUUGGGGAGCUUUCAAAAUGACCCAUGUUCUGAGGGGUCAUGACUUCAAAGGCCUAUGCCAAAAAUUCAGUAAUUGGCCUCAGGCAAACUCUUUUCAGAAGAAGACUCUCAAUUAUAAUUGGAAGAUGAUCACACUAGCCUUCCUGGCAAGGCUGUUGUGUGAGAAACACCUUGAAUAGCAAAUGUGGCACGGUAUAAACCCCACCCUUUUGACGACCAUCCGGGAUUUACUAAGAACUUUCCUAAUACUUCGCAGCAAAGCAGGUUUGGAAAAGACUGUGGGAAAACUUCAGAAAACUCUAGAAGGGCAUGAAUGUGCUACAGUGUUGGGGGAGGGACUCGGGGGGGGGGGGUGGCAGCCCCCACCCACAUGACAUAUCCACAAGUCCCUACAGUGUCCAUUAAAGCAUAUAAGCUGUCUGGGAAAGUGCCCCCCCACCCCCCACCCCCCGCUGAAGUUUCUUUCCUCCUUGUUCCCACAAAGGCAAGAAUGUUGCCAGAAUGCAGAAGAUUUCGAGAUGCAGUUUUGACCAAGGAGUCACAAUACCAUAGAGUCACCCAGCUUUAUUCCUAGCAAGUCCUCCUGUGGGGCUCUAG